ACAUCAUAAAAUCGGUGUUUGCUUAAACAAUUUACAAAUUUUGUGCCGAUUGUCAAGAGAGGAACUCGGAUUUUAACUUGUGCGGUAUUCACGAAUAGUGGGGUGCAUCCGCUUCAAACGAGGGCAAACCUAAACUUAAUGAUUUUAUAUUGUUAAAUAAUUUGUUUUGUCAUUAUUUUGUGUUACAAAAAGUUGAAGUGACAGUGUUAGAAUCAGAAAUGUUUUAGUAAUGAUGGAAUUAUGUUGACCCUGAUGACGUUAAUGGAUUAAUAUGUUUUGUUAUGUAAGAUCAAAAAAUGUUACCAAAUAGAGAUGAUUCCACCUAAUCUGCUCUUCACCUUCAUCGUCUUCACUACAACACUGAUGGUCAAAUGUUACGAUAAAUGCUCAGGAAACUACUGCCCGCCACCACCAUUAAGAAGCAGAUCCUUAUUCUUCAAAGGGCACAUCGCACCAAUUGUGGGACAGAACGACGCUGGCUGUUUCUGUCGCGAGGACCCUAUAAAUCCAUAUUUUGCCCUUUGCUAUGGUCGAAGUUAUUGCCCUAUGAUGCCGCGAAAUGUUACUUUACAAAGUCCAACUUUAAAACUUACAAAUACGCAUAUCAUGGAGCUUCGCGCAGGUGAUUUCGAAAACCUCUCGCAGCUCACCGAGUUACAGAUCGAGGGCAAUUACAAUUUAAAAGUCAUCUUAAAUGGGACUUUUGAAAAUUUGAAAAGUUUAGUCAAUCUUACGGUAUCUUUUAAUACCCAGCUAGUGUAUUUGGACGAAGAGGCUUUUAGAGGGCUUGAAAACUUGGAAAACUUAUUUUUAAAUAGUAAUGCUUUUACUAGUUUAUUUAUGGUUGUUAGAUGUUUAGGUGUUGAAACAGUGCCAAAUUUAAAGUCUCUUAUCUUGGAUGCCAACAGCUUCGUGCAUAUUGGUGCUGAUGAUUUUCAUGUUAUGAAAGGGUCUCUAUUAACAGAACUUAGUCUGAACUUAUGCAGAAUUGAGUUUAUUCAUCCUGAAGCUUUUGCACCUUUAGCCAACUUAGAAAUGCUUCAUAUUGGUGAGAAUAUUAUUAACAGCUCGAUUAUAACGAACGCUUUAAAUUACACUUUGCAAAUUGGCAUUGAUCUGAAGUGCUUGGCGUUAGUUAAUAUGGGCUUCAAAAAAGCUCCUCCAAAAGACUUAUUAGACAUUAUUGCAAAAUCGAAUGUAACAGAACUAAAUUUAUCAAAGAACCAGUUUGAGGUGAUAGACAAAAACAGUUUUCCAUAUAUGCCAAACUUAGUUCUUUUAAAUUUGAAAGAAGUGUUUGUCAAAGAUAUAUCUGGUGAUGCCUUUGACAAUUUUCCAAAUUUAAGAUAUCUUUUUCUUUGCGGAAACAGGCUCUAUAAUAUUCCCAAUAGUGUUUUAAAUUUAUCAAACCUAACGUUGCUGGAUAUGCAGGAAAACUCACCUGGAGACUCGUUUCACGUUUAUUUUAACUUCAAGAGGGUUGAGUUUACUAAUAUGACAAUGCUUAAGCAUCUUAACAUGGGCUUUAAUGGCCUGGCCCAUUUAUUUAACACUUCAUUUAUCGGUCUGACCCAUUUGGAGGAGCUGGUAUUAAAGAAUUCGUCAGUAUUUCAUAUAGAAUCAGGUACAUUUGUACCAUUGGAAAACCUGCGUCUACUGGUUUUAGAUAACAACUUGAUGGUGCAUGAGGACGCUGUUCCAGAUGUCUUUUUUAGUCUUACCAAACUUGAAGUACUUACAAUGAGAGGUUGUGGUUUUAAAUACAUAACAAACAACCCAUUUCGCAAUUUAAAAUUGUUGAGGAUACUUGUUUUAGAGAGAAAUGAAUUAAAGACUUUAGGUUCACUAGAUUUUGCUUCUCUAAUAUCUUUGACUGACUUAGAUCUAUCUUUUAAUUUAAUUAAUACAUGGGAGCAAAGAAUAUUUCAGAAUAACACUAAUUUAUCAAAGGUAUCAUUAGCAAAGAAUAAAAUAGCUGAUAUAUCAUUAGCGAUGCUGGAAGAUUUUGAGGGCUUAACAGUUAACUUAGAUAUGAACGCUAUCAUAUGCAAAUGCUUUAUAACAUAUAAUGCUUUUAAAAAAUGGAGAGAGAAGAGGCCUGACAAAGGAUUUAAUAAUGUUACUUUAUUUGAUCCUCCAGUUCAUUGUGUUUAUCCUGAACAUCUUGAUAAUGUCACUGUGGAAGAUUUCUUAACAAAAAGGCAAUAUGGACCUACCAUUUGCAGUUUUCAGCGGAAAAGAAUAUUCUUGUUGCUCCCACUGAUUAUUUUGGUAGUUUUUUUCAUAAUAAUGGGGUUUUUAGCUUUUUGGUAUCGAUGGCAUAUAAAAUACUGGAUUUUCUUAACCAAGUUGUACCUAAGUCGUAAGGGUAAAAUCAAACCUAAACCUAAGAAGCUUGAAGGUUAUACAAACUAUGUAUAUGAUGCAUUUGUAUCAUAUAGUACUGAAGAUAGAGAAUUUGUAGCCAACUUGGUAACCAUAAUGGAAGAGGGUGAAUCUCCGUUGAGACUUUGCGUUUAUGAACGUGAUUUUGAAAUAGGUUCUAUCAUAUCCGAGAGUAUCGUGGAAAGCAUUGCAAAGAGUCGCAAAACUAUAAUAAUUAUUAGCGAGAAUUAUGUUAAAUCACAAUGGUGUAGAUGGGAGAGUUUGAUUUGCGAGUACCACAGACUCUACUUGCAAAACGAAGAUGGCAAAUAUGUGGAUGAUUCGUUAAUUUUAAUUAAGUUGACACCAGUUAGUGAGAAAUAUUUGACUCCGAUGUUAAAAUACUUAUUGAAGACUAGGAUUUACUUGCAAUGGGUGAGCGAUGAGAAUAAACAGUCUGCGUUUUGGAAUAGAUUACGGAAAACAUUGAGGACAGUGGUGCCAGAGCCUGAAAUAACUAAAAUUUAAGAUCUUAGUUAUAAAGUAUAUUUACAGACGUAAACAUAUUUUUGAUUUUAGUUUAUUUCGCAAUGUGAUAAUUAUUUGUAUAUAAUUUUGUUAUUGGAAAUACAUGGUUAUUUUUACAA